AUGUUGCCCAUCGACAAUACUCAAACUCAACAUGAUGGAACUGAGUAUUUGGCCAUAAAAAACACCCGCCUCUGUCGCCUCUUGACCCGCCUCGCGCUUCGGACAACAGCGCGUUGCUACAAGGCCGAUGGCUUCGUCCGGCCAAUCUCCCAAAAUCUCAUCGUCAAGACUGGUCCUUGGGCUCAUCUCACUGAGGCGGCCACAAUGCUGUUCAUUUCCACCAACACCACUCUUCCUGUACCGCGAGUGCACUGCUCCUUCGUCCACAACAACCGCGCCUACAUUGUCAUGGAGCGCAUCCAGGGUGACGAGCUCGCAAAGAAAUGGACAACGCUGUCUGAGAUCGAUCGCAAGACUGUACUUGCCCAGCUUCGGUGCAUGUUCAAGGAGCUGAGAUCGCUGACUCCACCCGACAUGAAAGUCGAGAGCUGUGUUGGCGGUUCCUUGUACGACUCCCGCAUUCCUCAUGCCAGGCCCCGAUUCGGCCCAUUUCAAAUAAUUCAAGACUUUCACCGCUGGCUCCGUGAUUGGUUCCGACUUGAAGACCAUCCUGACCGCAAGGGUGACAAGGAUUAUGAAGAUAUUGAAGCGAUGAUCGCCAAGCAGGAUGGACCGUGGCCGCCUCCCGUAUUUACACAUGGCGAUCUAAAUCCUUUGAACAUCUUACUUUGUAGGACGCAGAUCGUCGGCAUUAUUGACUGGGAAUUCGCAGGGUGGUAUCCGUUCUACUGGGAAUACACGGCCGCAUGGUAUGGAAAUCGUACUCGGCAGUGGUGGCAAGGCUUGUUAGACAGCUUCCUCGAUGCGCAGACCGAGGAGUUGAAGAUGGAGAUGUUGCGCCAGAAGUGGUGGGGAGAUCUUUAA